AUGGCGGUGUGCAUCGCGGUGAUCGCCAAGGAGAAUUACCCUCUCUACAUCCGCAGCACUCCCAUGGAGAAUGAGCUCAAGUUCCACUACAUGGUGCACACGUCCCUGGAUGUGGUGGAUGAGAAGAUCUCUGCCAUGGGCAAGGCCCUGGUGGACCAGCGAGAGCUCUACCUGGGUCUGCUCUACCCUACAGAGGACUACAAGGUAUAUGGCUUUGUGACCAACUCCAAGGUGAAGCUUGUCAUGGUGGUGGACUCCUCCAACACGGCCCUUCGAGACAACGAGAUUCGCAGUAUGUUCCGGAAGCUGCAUAACUCCUACACGGACGUGAUGUGCAAUCCCUUCUACAACCCUGGCGACCGCAUCCAGUCCAGGGCCUUUGACAACAUGGUGACAUCGAUGAUGAUCCAGGUGUGUUGAGCAAGUUCCUGCUGCCUGUGACCUGACCCGAGAGAAAUGUGUACAUAGCUGCUUGGAGCGUCUGUUCACCGUCAUUCCUCUUCCCAAGUGUGAGGGAGCUGAGGGUUGGGCGUGGGCCUUGCCACUAAAACAUAGGAGUUGAGGUCGGCUUGUCCUUCUGUGUGAGCAGGGGCACACUGAGGACUGGGGCAGCUGUGGCAGGAAGCCUGUUCCCAGUGGGAGGGCAAAGGACAGGAACCCAGCAUCUGCUCUUGCCCCUGGUGGUUGCAUUUGAGCCUGCUGCUGUCCCCUGGGCUUCCUAGGAUGAGCCGGAAUCUUGCUGUCACCAUCCCCGAAACUCAUACAGCAAAAGCCCAAAUGGUGGCCCUAACUGCCCACGAUGGAGGAGACGGCCUUUGAGGUCAGGCUGGUCCCCAUGUCCUUUGACAGCUGGCUGAGAGAUGCCAGUGGGCCUCAAGGACACUGGGCAGAGCCAUCCAUACAGAUGUUUCUGUGCCACACUGUGUCCAGAGCCAUCGGCCUCCCCAAGUUACAGGUCCAGGAGGCUCCGUGCCAGCUGAGCAGCCCUUCAGUUACCCCCUGGCCCUGUGCAUUUCACAGACUUCUGGGGCCCAAGGGUGCUUGGGAUGGGAGGUGAGCGGUUGCUCUAUACAGGUCUGGUUGUCCUUCCUGCCCAGCAAGCACAGUGUUGAUUUUUUAACAAAUUGCACGAUAAUAAGCUAGGUGUGGUGGCAGACACCUGUAACCCAGCACUCUGGAAGCUGAGGCAGGAGGAUCGAAAG